AUUUUAAACAGCCCAUCAUCGUCUAUGCAGAUUACACUAAGCUGCUGUAGCCUUUUCUCCCAGUCCUGCUCUUCUAAAGUGGACUUUCUCCUGUGGACUACUGGAAACUGCUUCACAGUCAUUAAAUCACUGCUGUUUGAUAUUCAUUAAUUUAUUCCAUUUGUACUGACAUGGCCUUAUUGGACAUGCUGCUGCACAUUUCUGAUCAAUCCCAACUUUGCGCUGAAGCAUUGAUGAGUGCUGUAAAAGCCGAUUACACUCUGUCUGUGUUUUUCUCUAUUAAUCCAGUUUAAUUAGAGGCUAGUGGUCCCUGCCUUCCUGGAUGUUAAUCCUCAUGAGCCAGUUCUUUUUGUCAAGUCAAGUGAGGUCUUCUGAACACCCACAUCACUGACUCCAACCACAGCCUGUAAAAUGUAUACUGUUAGUUCAUAUUUGUGUAUGUGUCUGUGUGUGAGUGUGUAGCAGCUGCACAGAGAUAAGUGAAGCAGGUCAGUGAGAGGUGGACCUUUGUCCAGGGUCGGACAGCGGCACAUUAUUUAUUCAUGAUGUAUCUGACCGGCCACCUAAUUGCAGCAGGAGGAGCCCAGUUACCCACAGCGUGCUACAGCCGCACUGUCUCACAUUCACAGAAACUGGAGGCUGGAUCACAUGUCAGCCAUGACUAACGCUUUGCGUCUUACUUACAUUUGCACAUCUCAGAUAAAACAAACAGGGCUUGUGUCUGGUUAGACGCUCGUUGGAUGAAUGUUGAGAGGCACACUGAAAAUUGUUAACAGAAGCUCAACAAGUGUUUGGCUUUGUUGCGGUGAGCAUGGCAGACGAAGAGGGCUCCAGUGAGGAUGUGAAUAGGGGCACCGUGAAGGAGAUCGUCUCACAUCAAGACCAACAGACCAACAAGAAGCCCCAUUCAUUCCUACUUCCUCUUCCUCCUCUUCAUUCUUCACCAGUCUCCCUUCUAUCAGAUCAGGCUUACCUGCAAGCAGCAGCCAUUUUUCAGCAGCUGCGAACAGAGAAGACAGUCACACAACAGCUGCUGCAAUAUGGCAGGAAGACGGACAUGCCACAGCCGGAGAGCAGAGACAAAACCACACAGAGACAGGCAUACCAGCUCGCCUUCAACACUCUCAAAUAUCAAGAUUUAUUGGAGGACAUCAUUACUGACAGCUGUUUCCACACAUCUCAGCAUAUUCCCAGCGACUUGCUGCCGUUGGCGAUGGUGAUGCUGUUUGACUUCCAGGACAGAGGGUUUUUGUUGCGUGAACUUUCAUCAAAGGAAGGGGAGGAGCCUCUGCUGGAAGUCAGGGACCUGGAGAAGAGUUUGCAGAGGUGGAAGACCAAGCUGGCAGCAUCUCUAGCUCGCUGCAGAGUGAAACAGAAUCUGCAGAGCGUCUCCUGUUUUCUGUCUGAUCCUGUCAGAACCAAACAACACAGAGCAAGGUGUCUGCCACUUUACGCAUGGGUCAAUACUCUGGAGACCAGUGUUGAGGAAGUGGUUGAAGCUCUGCAAAGCGCAGGCUUGUGUGAAGUGGAGAACAUGACUGACCUCAGGGAAUCGACGUUCUGCAGAGAUCCACUCUGUCCAGACACACUGGUCUUCUCCCAGCAGCUUCAUGCUCUGCUUCAGCACAGCAGCCUCAGAAUGACGCAUGUACUUAACAUGCAGGACAGGAGUGUGUGUGUGGCUGUGAGUGUGUUACGCCCCCUGCUGUAUGAAAACGGUGACGUCCUGGUGGUGGGGUCUUUCUCAGCUGAGACUGUGGCUCACGUAGCUGUUGUGGCCGCCGCACGCUCUGGUCGAGUGUUGGUGUGUGGUGCUGAUCACACACUCUUUCAGAUAGCAGAGAUACAAGAACUACUCACACAAAUGGACAUCAAAAAUGUCCGAGUCCUGUCAGAGGAGUUCUUUGGUCUGCACGAGUGGGACGCCACCAUCCAGCGUUUAAAGGUCAUCAUAGUGUUGCCUCAGUGUUCGUCCUCUGCCCUCAAUGACCCUGUGCCCGCCAUCCACAGUGAACAUGGAGACUGGAAUUUACUGCCAGAUUUAUCUCAUGGUUCUGUAUCCCAGAGCAAAAUAAACACAAUGGCCACCCAGCAGGCACGACUACUGGCACACGCCCUCUCCUUCCCAAAGGUUCAGACUGUGGUCUACUGCACACGCUCAGUGUAUCCUGAGGAAAAUGAACAGCUUAUCAAAAGAGUGUUAGAGAAAACACACACUCACCCCAAACUGCUGCCCUUCAGGGUGAAUGGUCCCAUUUUCCCUGACGACACCCAGUCAGGAGACACAACAGACUCCAAGUUCUUCAGACUGGAGCCAUCUCAGUUCACCAACGGCUGCUUCGCUGCACGGCUGUCCAGACAGGCAGAUCCCACUAAGGUAGAAACAGUCCAGGAUGUGCUGGCAAGGGCAGCAGCAAAGGGCCUCCUGGGUGGAAUAAUUCCUGAACAAUCAAAAGCUGGAAAAAAGGGGAAAAGCAGGAAGAAUCACUUGGCUUCAGCUGGCAGCAAACCUUCAUCACCCUCAAGCCAAGAGAAAGAGACAGAAAGGGAGCUUCUGCAUGGAGACUCACCCAUGGAACAUGAAGAAAAGAAGGGUGAAUGUAGUGAUGAGGAGAACGAGGAUGAAAAGGAGGAAGAUAACGGGGGAAAGGGAGGGAAGAAUAGGAGAGGGCCAAAAGGCUGCAAACGAAAGGUCAAACGACGACCAAAACAAGCCAACGGAACGACCACGGUCCCAAAGCAUCACUCUAAAGGCCACAAGAAGAAACCAACAAAGAGAAAAAUCAACCAAUCAAACCAGUCAAACCAACAUCACAAGAGGCGCGUGAAAAAAAGCAAACCAAGAAGAAUACCUCGUCUUACACUGACAUUAAUGUCCUCUGCAAAAUCCUCCAACCACUUGUCUCCAAUUACAGCCCUUGCACACAAGCUAAGUGACAACCUAACAAUUAAAUCACAGCAGAAUGUCUUUAGCGUCCCUUCCCCUGCUCAUCCUGCUCCACUGACUCCCCAUACAGCCUCCAAGCAGGUGCAGAGGCAAAACACAAAGCCUGAAAGAGCAGAGAAAGCACUGAAGGAUGCAACUAAACCAGAAAGCCCAUUCAAGGCCGGAGGAAAGGUGGUGAGACCGAAGACAAACACAGCGAUUACACAGAACACGUCGAAAGUGGCAGAUUUUGUCCUGCCACCCAUUCCCUUCCCAUCCCACAGCUCUCCUUCACAAAAUCUCACCAACUCUCAGUUCUCCCAAAUAUGUGCAUCCUCUUCCUCAGUCUCUCUGCCUGGAUUAUAGAAAUGUGGGGAUCACGAUCGCUCAUGUGGUGAAUUUCUGAUAGCACAGUCAGUGUGAUCAUAGAGGAGAGGACUACCAAGUAAAUUAUUUUUAAAAAUUAAAUUACCUUAACGUCAGAGAAGUCAUUUCUGAUGGCUGAUCAGCUGAAAUCUGUUUAUCUGUAAUUU